UCUGUUAAUGUCAACUUCAACUUUGCCGGUUCACGAUAGAAGGAGAUUUUUGCUUUGUUUUUGUCAGGAGUAUCCUAGAAACGUGUGAGAAAAUUAACUGAGAAAGUAGAAACAUUCCCAGAAAUUUUCAUUUUGUCAGUUAUUAAGUGCAGUGCAUACCUAACUAAGAAAAAUGAGUACUGAUCCAGAGAAGUUCGAUUCCAUGCUGUUGGCCAUGGCACAACAACAUGAAGGUGGUGUUAAGGAUUUGCUUGAUACAAUAGUCAGUUUUCUGGCAAGGAAAACUGACUUCUUCACUGGAGGGCAAGCUGGAGAGUGGGAAACGAUAGUCAAAAACACAUUCUACACUCACGCAAAGAAAGCUGAAGAGGAAGCUAAUAAGAUAAAGAAAGAAAAACAAGAAGCGGACAAAAGACUAAAAGAAAUACAACAGAAAAAGGAACAAGAACGUUUGGCUCGUGAUUUUGAACCAGCUACUGUUAAAGAACUCACAGAUCAAGAGGCUGCUGAGCUACAAGCAAAUAUUGAGGAAGUUAAAAAGAAAGAAACUGGAACUGGAAGUGGUGAUGCGGCAGCGGCUGCUGAUGUGGAAAUGGCAGAUGCACCUGAAGAGGAGGAUGAUCCUAAAGAGAAAGGAAAGCUGAAACCCAACUCUGGUAAUGGAUGUGACCUCGAGAACUACAGAUGGACCCAAACCUUGGAAGAAGUUGAGUUGCGAGUUCCACUCCGCCAAGUGCUUCGCCCUCGCGAUCUGUCUGUUAUUAUUAACAAGCGUCAUCUAAAAGUUGGCAUAAAAGGGCAGCCAUUCAUUAUCGACGGAGAAUUGGACGCAGACGUCAAAAUCGAGGAGUCUACGUGGGUGCUACAGGAUGGCCGCAAUCUACUAGUCAAUUUGGAGAAGGUAAACAAAAUGAACUGGUGGGGCAGACUUGUAACGACCGAUCCGGAAAUCUCUACUAGGAAAAUCAAUCCAGAACCGUCGAAUUUAUCGGACCUUGAUGGAGAAACUAGAGGCUUGGUGGAAAAAAUGAUGUACGAUCAAAGACAGAAAGAAAUGGGACUGCCUACUAGCGAAGAACAAAAGAAACAAGAUGUACUUAAAAAGUUCAUGGAACAACAUCCGGAAAUGGAUUUCUCGAAAUGCAAAUUCAAUUAAAUUUCCAAAUAGUUAAGUGUCACUCAGUGUUACUGGAGCCGAGUUUUACUAAGUAAACCUUUAUUUUUGUGUAGAUGAUGAAUAAACAAUUGAAAGCGCGUCUAUGAGCACAUAUUUUUAAUUAAGUGGUAUAACAAACGAUUAAUAAUGUUAUAAACUAUGUUUCACUGAAUAAAGAUAUGAUAAGUUUAAAAAUAAA